AAAUUGAAAUAAUGAUGUUACUUACACUAGCGGCCGUUGUUGUGUUCCUCACUGGUAAUACCUACGCAGCGAGAACCUGGAGCGCGUGUUCAAAAGACUGUGGAUACGGCGUUCAAACUCUUGAAUUUUGCGCUGGGUUCUAUGGAAAAUGCACAACGUACAGCAGAGCAUGCAAGAUUAAAGACUGCGAGCCCGGUGAAUGUGACAAACCAUGUGGCGGUGGUCGGGUGUGCAAUCAAAAUUGCCAUGGACCUGGGGGAACUCCUCCUUGUGAUGAAGUAUGUGAAGUGUGCAACGAUUUCCCAUGCGUCCCGGGUUUCGACACUUACAGCGAAUGCACCAAGCCAUGUGGCGGAGGAACAAGAUUCAAAGUUCCCAUGUGCGCGGAUGGAACCCCCGAAACCUGCCCUAAAGAAUACGAAGAGUGUAAUGCGCAAGCGUGCCCUCCAGUUUCUUGUCCCAUUGGUCAGCAGCACAGGUAUGAUUCUAUGUCAUCCUGCUGUAGAACGAUAUCUUCUUCGUCAACUUGCGGAAAAAACAACGAGCCUAACUUUUUCCAGAAAAUUUUUGGAGGAGAGUUAUCAACCUUGGGUUUAUGGCCGUGGUUGGCCGUCAUUGUCGACAAAAGAUCAGCCUCGGCCGCUUGUGGAGGGUCUCUGAUCCAUAAGAAAUGGAUUCUGUCUGCAGCUCAUUGCAUGAGGGCAAGAGUUCCCUUUGACCCAGCCGACUUUUACGCAUUGCUUGGAACAAUUAAAAUCAGUACUCCCAGUGCCGGCCACGUAAGAGAGGAGAUAGUAAGAUAUAUCCCCCACGAAGAUUAUGAUCCGACAACAUCCGAGAACGAUAUCGGUUUGAUAGAGCUGGAAAACGAAGUCACAUACUCGGGAACUGUUAUGCCGAUAUGUAUGCCCGAGUACGAGACGCCUCCAGAAGAUUGGCAUUGCUAUGCAGCAGGAUUUGGAAUAACAAACUUUGAAGAUUUGUCCACUAACACUCCUUCAGAUGACAUGUUCCACGUCGGUCUAAAAGUUUUUCCGAUAGACGUCUGCAAAAACGAGCUACGUCUUCUGGUCGACGAAAUCGGCCCCGUUCAAAGAGAUAGAAGUUUGUGCGUCGGGCGGCUUUCUGGCUCAAGAGAUACCUGCAGAGGUGACAGCGGAGGCCCGAUUAUGUGCCAGCGUUGCCAUACGUGUGCUUGGUUCAUCGCAGGUUUAACUUCUUUCGGGCAAUCUUGCGGACAGAAUAAGCCUGGAGUUUACAGCAGAAUAGAGUUUUAUGAAGAUUGGAUCAAGAUGAACAGUGGAAUUACAUUCACAGGAUUCUCACUCUCGUGUUAAAAUUAAGCUGUUUUGCUGAUAAAUGAAACGUGGCCAUUUUUUACUUUUAUCUGAAGCUAACGAUAUUUACGUUUCCAUAAUAAUUAAUAUAAAGAGUGUUCGAAAAGUGUUAAAUUUCAAUUUACAAAAAGAAUUUAUCGAUGAACUUUGCUAAAUGAAUAGAAUCCUGAUGAAACGAGA